GAGGGAGGGGAAAGGCGUGUCCUGCCUGGGCUGCCGCCGCCGCCGCUGCUGGAGGCAGAUCGGAGAUAUAAAAGACCUGGCCGGGGGCCGGCGGUGGCUUCAGAGAGCGCGGACGUUCAGGCCGUGGGGAGGGGGCGCGGAGCGGCGGCGGGACGGGCGGAGGCAGCGCGGGGCUCGCCGUGGGCAACCCCAAUGCGUGGACUAUCGGCUGCUGCAUUAUGCUGGAGCUACAGUUCCGCUGAAGGGAGUUUGCACACGGCCGGCUGGGCUGGACUGCAGCGCUGCCGUUCCUUAUGAAGAAGGCACAAACUUGGAUUAUCACUUGCUUUUGUCUUCAACUACUCCUACUUAAUCCUCUUGUCAAAGCCAAGAGUUCCUGCGGGAAUCCAGUCACAGAUGAUGUGAAUGACAUUGCAAAAUUGGUUGGAAAUCUCCCAAAUGAUUAUAUGAUAACCCUUAAAUAUGUCCCGAAGAUGGAUAGUCUGCCUAAUCACUGUUGGUUGCAUUUGAUGGUGCCUGAAUUUUCAAAGAGUCUACAUAAUCUUCUCCAGAAAUUUUCAGAUAUUCCAGAUAUGUCAGAUGUUUUAAGCAACUAUUCAAUCAUCGAUAAUCUCACAAGGAUAAUUAAUGAUCUUUUGGCAUGCCUUGCUUUUGAUAAAAACAAGGAUAUUGUAAAAGAAAAUGGCCACCUUUAUGAAGAAGGUCACUUCAUUCCUGAGGAUUUUUUUAGGCACUUUAAUAGCACCAUUGAGGUCUACAAAGAGUCUGCAGACAGACUGGAUAAAAAUGACUGCAUUCUGCCUUCAACAGUAGGAACACCAGAGAAUGAUUCCAGAGUCGCUGUCACAAAAACAUUUUUGUUUCCUCCUGUUGCUGCCAGCUCUCUUAGGAAUGACAGCAUUGGCAGUAGCACUAGCAGUAACAAAGAAGCACUUGGCUUCAUUAGCAGCUCCAGCCUGCAAGGGAUCAGCAUAGCACUGACAUCAUUGCUGUCUCUCCUUAUUGGCUUUAUUUUGGGAGCCAUAUACUGGAAGAAAAUACAUCCCAAAUCCAGACCAGAAAGUGAUGAAACGACACAGUGUCAUGACUAUCAAGAGGAAAAUGAGAUAAGUAUGUUGCAGCAAAAAGAAAAGGGACAUCUACAAGUGUAGCUGUUGCUUUUUCUCCCUCAACACUGUUACUGUUUCGUGUACUGGCAGGUAACAGUUCCAUGUUCGCUUCAUAAAUGAAGCAGCUUUAAGCACAUUCAUAUUCCUUCUGGAGUGACAGACUGAGUCUGCAUCUGUUGUUGCUGCCCAUGACUCCAUAGACAUGACACAGAAAUGAGGACAAUUUAUGUUUGUUACUGUGAAACCAACACUGAAUUGAACAAUGGCAAGAAGAGUGUGCACUUAGCAGGACUGUAUCUUACGUGAAUAUCUACCUUGUGUGACAUUUGAGGUUUUUUAAUUGCAUUAAUACUUUCAGCUGACUCUGGCAAACAACGUAUGUCCUGAACAAAAAAGCAUCUUUCAAAUGCCUCCAACUGUGUGUAAUCAUUGCAAGUCAUAAAUACCUUUGCAUCCUUAAUUUAAAUUCUGUGUCCUCUACCUUAAACUGAUGUCUUCAGAUGAAGGUCUCUGAACUGACAGAAAAUGCAGAAAUGGAUACAGAUAACAUGUUCUUCAAUAUUGUAUAUAAAACUUGAAAGCAAAGUCAUGCCAUGAGCUCGAGUUCUAGACCUAGACUUAUAAGGAGCUGUGUUUAUGCCUGUCAAAGGCUGUGUGGACAGCAACACGUGGUCUCUAUCGGGUGCCAGGUGGCUGGUUGCCCACCCCAGAAAGCCUCAAGAAUUCAUCAGCCUUGGUGGUCUCUGCUCAGGAGAAGCAAAUACUGGAUGAAGACAAAGUAAACAGGAGGUGAAUGUACCUCAUGGAGCUUGGAAGAAUUAAGAGUAACUGCUGGGUAUGUGAACACUCGUGAAAUUUCCAGUCAUGCUAAGGCAAAGUAAAGAGUCUGAAUUGCAUUCAAACAUCACAAUAAAGACAAAACCAUGAAAUGCAUUUUAAAUUCUGAAGAUGCAUGCCAUUGAUACCUUGUCUUUAAAUGUAUAGCAUAGCAAAUCUGGAAGAUCCUGAGAGUGUAUUUAGCUUUUACUUACAUCAGCUGUAAUUAAUGUUUGCAUUGUGUUUUAAGUGAUUAGUAAGCUUUAAUAUCCUGGCAUUCUCCACUCUUGAAAGUUAAUUCUUUUGAAACAAAAGAAAAAGGCUUUGUUUCCCACCUGUCUUCUUCAUCUAUUACUGUUACAGAAUCCAUGGAAUAUGAACAGGACUGAUGUACAGAUAUGCAUUUUCAAGUAAAUCCUAAAAAUA